AUUAUCUUUGUUAUUUCCGGUGAAGAAGAAAAGGCAGCUGGGGCGCAGCUAAAGCUAACGUGAUGUCUACAGCCUCUAAGGUUGUCCUCGGUGUCUCUGUGGUUCUGUCUAUAGGCGCCGUGGGAACCGUUCAUCUUAAACAGAACUGGGACAGACAGCGUCUCCGCGACGGUGUGCUAAGGGAUCUAGAGCGGUUAGAAAGAAAGAAAGAGAACUUGCAAAAGCUGAAAGAACAGCAGGUUCUGACCAGACAGCUGGAAGAAGAGCGGGAACGCAGGAAGUCCGAGCUCUGACCUGUGAUGGUGUGUCACUGUCCUUAAGGCUCAGAGAU